CCUGUAUAAAGAGGGAUGCCCACUAACGCUUUCUAGUAUCAUCGUUACUGCCGCAAUCAACUUUUCACGAAAUAUUAUAAAAAUUAGAUCUGAGGCCAAGGCGGUUUAUUAGAAACUGCAAAAAAAUCUCAGGAUUCUUCUACGCUUCGGGUCGUCUCUACUGUUUGAUAACAUCUCUCACACAAAUCUGAGAACAAACCCCAUUUCCAAGAAUCGAAAAAGAAAUCAUGGGUCGGUCUCGUUUUCUCGCGGUCUUGGUUCUAUCGACUCUUCUGAUUCUCUCGUCCUCCCAUGGAUUUGGGAGAGAAUUGAUGGAAACUUCUGGGGGUGGAGAAAGUGCUACUACUGCUCUAUUGGAGGAAAAUGCAGGAGGAGAAUCAAGGGAGAUGACUGAGGUGUUGGAUUAUGUUGAUCCUGGGCCAAACACUAACCCAAAAUCUGGAUUACUGCCUCCUCCUUCACCACACCGCUAAGUCUGAUUAUUCCACAUCUAAUUUGAAGGUUGCUCUCUUACACAAAUCAUGUUCUUAUUAUUUUCUGUAAGGGUUGUCCAUCGCUUGAAACUUUAGUCACUUUUUUAUGGGGUUUUUCUUCUUCUUCUUCUUCUUUUUGUUUCCUAUAUUUUUGGCUGGUGUUCAUGUAAUUUCAUAUGGAGAUAAUUACGAGAUCAACUUUGUUUAACA